GGUCCCUUUGUGUCCCCCGCGCAGCUGCCACGGCAAGGCGGAGGAGUGCAUCGGGCUGUGCCGUGCCCUCAUGAGUGCCCUCAACUGGCUGCUGCGCUGCGCCGCCUUCUACGCCGACAAGGGGAAGGAGACGCUGGAGCCGGCGGCAGCCGAGGGCCAGCUCAAGAUGUGCCUGGAGCGGCUGGGGAAGAAGGUGGGGAGCAUCCCCACCAUGCUCUCGGCGCACAGCGAGCAGCUCAACAAGACCGGCUUCCCCACCGUGCACGCUGUGGUGCUGCUGGAGGGCACCAUGAACCUCACCGGAGAGACCCAGCCCCUCGUGGAGCAGCUCAUGAUGGUGAAGAGGAUGCAGCGCAUCCCGUCCCCGCUCUUCGUGCUGGAGAUCUGGAAGGCCUGUUUCGUGGGCCUCAUCGAGUCCCCCGAGGGCACGGAGGAGCUCAAGUGGACGGCCUUCACCUUCCUCAAGAUCCCCCAGGUGCUGGUCAAGCUCAAGAAGUAUCCGCAAGGGGACAGGCGGAAGGGCCGGGGAGCCCCCGCUCACGGCGCGUCCCCCAGCACGGCGGACAGGGAGCACGCGCCGAGCCUGAGCUCGGCGGAGAAUGCCAACAUCCAGCCCAACCCCGGGCUCAUCCUGAGGGCCGAGCCGACCGUCACCAACAUCCUAAAGACCAUGGAUGCAGAUCACUCCAAGUCCCCCGAAGGUUUGCUGGGCGUCCUGGGCCACAUGCUGUCCGGGAAGAGCCUGGAUCUGCUGCUGGCAGCGGCGGCGGCCACGGGCAAACUGAAAUCCUUUGCUCGGAAAUUCAUCAAGCUGAACGAAUUCACGAAGCACAUCAGCGCCGGGGAGAGCUGUAAGUGCGCGCGGGCCGCGUGCCGGGACGCUGCCCGGAGCCGCGCUAGCUGCCGGCUGCGCCAAAACCUGCAUCUCCUCCCCCAGAAAAUCACGGACAACAUCAAGGGCAAGGUGUGCAGCAUGGCGGUGUGCGCCGUGGCCUGGCUGGUGGCCCACGUCCGCAUGCUGGGCUUGGACGAGCGGCGGGGCCCCGCGACCCCCGGCCCGCGUGACCCCCGCUCCCCCUCGGGCAGCGUGGUCAUCAUGAGCUCCAUCCUGGAGCACAUGUGCGCCGACGUCCUGCAGCAGACGGCCACGCAGAUCAAGUUCCCCUCCACGGGCAUGGACACCAUCCCCUACUGGAACCUGCUGCCCCCCAAGAAGCCCAUCAAGGAGGUGCUGACGAGCGUGUUCACCAAGGUGCUGGAGAAGGGCUGGGUCGACAGCCGCUCCAUCCACAUCUUCGACACGCUGCUGCACAUGGGGGGCGUCUACUGGUUCUGCAACAACCUGGUCAAGGAGCUGCUGAAGGAGACACGCAAGGAGCACACGCUGCGCGCCGUGGAGCUGCUCUACGCCGUCUUCUGCCUGGACAUGCAGCAGCUGACGCUGACCCUGCUGGGCCACAUCCUGCCCAACCUGCUCACCGAUUCCUCCAAGUGGCACACGCUCAUGGACCCGCCGGGCAAGGCCCUGGACUACAUCAGCCUCUUCCCGCUGGACGACACGCAGCCCUCCAAGCUCAUGCGCCUGCUCAGCUCCAACGAGGAAGACGCCAACAUCCUCUCCAGCCCCAGUAAGUGCAGGCUGCUCCGGGGAGGACACGUCCUGCCUCGCCGCCCGCUCGUGGGCGAGAGGCGCCGGCACAAAAACCCCCUUUUCCUCCCGAGCGGACCCAGCAGCCUCCCCGUGGCCUCCCCGUCCGGGCCUGGUGCAAUGUGGAGCCUGGCAGCAGGAGGCAGCAGCUCCCUUGGAGCUCAGCACCCUCUUUAG